UUCCUCGUCACUGCCGCGUUUUGUUUCGUUUCCCAGCAGAGCCCUCCCUCCCUCCGGCCUUGAGCCCUGCCCCGGAGCUGCGGCGCCAUGUCCCGGGCAGAACUCGUGUCCGGCCUGAAGGAAGAGCUCACCUGUCCCAUCUGCCUGGACAUUUACAGGGACCCCACAUCCCUGAGCUGCAGCCACAGCUUCUGCAGGGACUGCAUCAAGCAGGCGAUCCGGAGCCAGCCGAGCCCUGUCCGCUGCCCGCUCUGCCUUUCCACCGUCGGGGAGCUGCAGCCCAACUUCCACCUCCGCAACAUCGUGCAGAAGUUCAUGGAUGAUCCUGCGCACCAAGAGCAGGAAAAGCAGGAAGAUCAAUGCGAGGAGAAGGGGGAGAGCUCGGGGCAGCCAGAGGAGGUGAUCCUGUGUGAUUUCUGCCUCCAGGAGCCGCAGCCCGCCGUGAAGACGUGUCUGAGCUGCGAAGCCUCCCUGUGCCAAGCCCACCUGAAGAAGCACGGCGGUGGCAACGCCCAGAAGAACCAUGUGCUGGUGGAGCUGUGCGAUGCCCAGGUUUUGGCCGAGAGGAGAUGCCCCGAGCACGGCAAACUGCUGGAGUGCUUCUGCCAGCAGGAAUGCGUGUGCAUCUGCAUGCUGUGCUCAGUCCUCUCCCACAAGGAGCACAAGAUCAUCAGUUUGGAGGAGGCUUUCAACGUAGCUCAGAAAGCAUUCCCUGGAAUUCUGGAAACAAUGAAACGCCACGAAGGUGCACUGGAUCAAGCCAUAGCAAACCUGCUCAAACAAGAGACAGGACUAAAGACUGAGGAGAACCAGCACAGGCAAAGGCUGGAGAACCUGUUUAAGAAGAUGCAUCUGCAGCUGGACCACAAAAAAGGAGAGCUCCUGAAAGUCCUCAGUGACUAUGAGGAGCAUCAACUUCAUCGGAUUCAGACGGAGAUGAAUAAUCAGAAGAGGAGGAAGGAUUCAGCCAGCCGUGAUGUUCAGGAUCUGGAGGCUCUGAGAAAUCAGAAGGAUAAACUUCUUUUCACCAAGGGUUUUUCAGCAAUUAAAGCCAGGCAAUGCAAUCCACUUCCUAGAAUGGAUGGCAUGACCGUGCCAAAGCCACCUAUUACUUUGGAUAAAUCAAAAGCAGAUGUUAUCAUGAGGCUUUUCCAGGAAUUCCUCUCAAAGCUGGACUUCUCCUUUAAGCCACCACCAUCUUCAGGAUUUGGAGCACCACCACCACCAGCUAUCUCAUUUAGUAAUGCUACAGGAAGCUCUGGAUCCCGGUCUGGGUUUAACUCUGCAUUCGGUUUUCCAUCCAACUCUUCAUUCACGUUUGGAUCUACCUCUGGUUUUUACCCCAACUAGCCUAAUGAAGCACAAACUCAAUGGCAAUCAUAAUGAUAACAAUCACAGUCGAAGACGUGUUGAAGGCAGAAGCAGCACUCUCUUUUCAUGAUGUGACUGUGAAGGCUGGACACCCUGCUAAGAACUUCAGGCUUAUAGAGACAGGAACCAUCCCUCUGAAGUAUCCCAUCCACACUGCCACGAGUGUGUUGAAGCUCUUGUAGUGAUGUAGGGUCAAGAUGUUAUUUGGUACCUCCAGGACUAGAAAUUGUGAUCCUUGCACAGAGGCUGUGCUAAGCAGAAAUUGGAUUGUGGGCUGCUGUGACGGGGUAUAUCACAGCACCCUGCCUCUUCCUGCUGGAGCUCCUCUUUUAUUUGUUCUGUUAAUCAAAAUGGAAAUACCAUUAAAUUGCUAAUUUUUGCUCAGCAUUAUCAAA